UUGGGUUUUGGAGUUUUCAAGGAUUUAAAUUCAAUCGAUGGUUUUUGUAUUUAUAUCAAUCAAUUUGAUCGUAUCUUGUAAGGAGGGAAAGGCAGAGUUUGAUGGAUCUGAUGUUGAUUUCUGGAAAUUACGCUAUCUUUCUUUUGUGGGUUCUGAGACGUUUUUAUCGGAUUCAUGAAAAGAAAUGGGGGUUUGAUUACGGUUUCUCUUUUGUUCUUUUAGAUUUUGAAAUCCAAGGGGUGGGAAAUUCUUCAUUUUGGUGAUUGAGCCAGACGUAGAUCGGAUUGAUGUGCAAUGCAGAGAUCACGCAGAGCUCUUCUGCAAAGAAGAGCUUUGGAAAAAGCCUUCACUGGAAGGAAGCGCUUUUAUUAUAAGGUGUCUCUGUCUCUACUUGCUGCUAUAUGGGCGCUUGUGUUCCUUUUGAACUUAUGGAUCAGUCAUGGAGAUGUUUACAGAGAUGGAUCUGGAGUUCCAGUUGAUGAAUCAACCUGGCAUGAAGAUGAGCAGGGGCUGGACAGAGGGUCUGAUCGAGGAAUUGAGUUUUCUUCUUCAGAAACAAAUUCGAAGGACUCCAAUCAGAUUCCUGCUUCUUAUGUUGCGACCAAACUCGGAAAAACUGAAUCACAGAUUAGUGAAGGAAAUGGAGAUCUUCAUUCAGCUGUUAAAGAACAAUCUGAGGUGGAGACAUCUGGUAUGGGAGCAAAAGCAGAAAAGGAUAACCCAAAGAGUGACAGGCUAUCUCGUGCUGCACCGCUUGGUCUUGAUGAGUUCAGGAGCAAAGCAAUCAACUUUAAAGGAAAGCUUGCAACUGGCCAGACUGGUGGUGUCAUACACAGAUUGGAGCCGAAUGGGAAAGAGUACAAUUAUGCUUCAGACUCCAAGGGAGCAAAAGUGUUAGCUUUUAAUAAGGAAGUAAAAGGUGCCUCUAACAUCUUGUCCAAAGACAAGGACAAGUACCUUCGGAAUCCUUGCUCAACCGAAGAGAAAUUUGUUGUCAUUGAACUUUCAGAGGAAACAUUAGUCGAUACAAUUGAAAUAGCAAAUUUUGAGCAUUAUUCUUCAAACUUGAAGGAUUUUGAGUUGCUAGGCAGUUUGGUUUAUCCAACCGACAAGUGGAUCAAGCUCGGAAAUUUCACUGCUGGAAAUGUCAAGCAUGCACAGAGGUUUGUACUUCAGGAGCCUAAGUGGGUGAGGUAUCUAACAUUUAAUAUGCUGAGCCAUUAUGGUUCAGAAUUUUACUGUACACUGAGUGUUCUGGAAGUGUAUGGAGUGGAUGCUGUUGAGCGGAUGCUAGAGGAAUGGAUCUCGGUUCAAGAUAAACCAUUUCAAUCUGAGGAAAUGGUGGCUGAGAAGGCACCAGUGGCCCCACAGCCUGAGCCCAGUGAACAUGAUGAUCUCUGUGGGGAUCAUAUAUCAGAAGCUGAUGAAUCUAGAACUGAAAGCUCCACUGUGAAACGUGAAAUUCUAAAAGGUAAUGUGCCAGAUCCAGUCAAGGGAAUUCGACCACAGCAGGCUGGAAGGAUGCCUGGGGACACUGUUCUUAAAAUACUGAUGCAAAAAGUCCAAUCACUAGAUCUGAGUUUAUCUGUUUUGGAGCGAUAUGUGGAAGAAUUGAACUCCCGAUAUGGCACCAUUUUCAAAGAGUUUGAUAAUGAAAUUUCGGAGAAAGACUCACUUCUGGAGAAAAUCAGAUCAGAUAUAAAAGAUAUUGUGGACAGCAAGGAGGUCAUUGCCAAAGAUGUUGGAGACCUCAUUUCAUGGAAAUACCUUGUUUCAGUGCAAUUGGAUAGUCUAGUCAGAGAUAAUGCAAUUCUCAGAUCGGAAGUCCAAGAGGUCCGAGAUAAUCAGGUGCACAUGGAGAACAAGGGUUUAGCUGUUUUUCUUACCAGCUUCAUUUUUGGGUUCCUUGCGUUGGUGAAGCUAUUUAUAGAUGUGUUGGUGAGUUUGUGCAGAAUACAGAAAUCAGGAAAAUUUUCUUGGAUGAGCUCUUCGUGGCUUGUCUUACUACUGAGUUGUUGCAUUAUAGCCUUCAUUCUCUCUUUAUAAUCGUAAUAUAUUUAAUUC